GGCUGCCUGGUUUCCGGCGGCGUGGGCGGCUGCCCGGUGGUGGUGCACGCUGCUGACGGAAGCGGCUGGUGGCGGCGGGACGGCCGGCGGGGCGGGCGGCGCGCACGUGGAGGCAGGCCACGUGCGAGGAGGUCGGGCUCGAGCCGCGUGUGGGGGCACGCGGGGAGGGGAGCAGAGCCGUUCGCGGCUGUUGGACCGCUCCUCAGUGCCCGGCCCGCCCUGCGGACGGGCCGGUGGCAGCCCUGAGGGAGCGCCGGGCCGGGCCGCCGGCGGGGGUCCGGGAGCGCGGGGAUUCGCCUUCCCGGGUUGCCCGCCCUCCUCCCGGGGCCGGAGAGCGCCACGUCCAGCCCUCGUACCUAGGAGUGAAAAACUUGCCAUCGCUGCUAGUCGCUUUUUACAGGAGGUAGUAGAGAAUGUCGUUUCGAGGAAGAGGAGGUGGAGGAGGAAGAGGAGGUGGAGGAGGAAGAGGAGGUGGCUUCAAUCGUGGAGGUGGCGGCGGUGACAGAGGUGGCUUUAAUCGUGGUGGACGAGGUGGCUUUGGACGGGGAGGUGGACGAGGAGGCUUCAACAGAGGCGGAUAUGACCAGGGGCCUCCAGAAAGGGUAGUUUUAUUGGGAGAGUUCAUGCAUCCGUGUGAAGAUGACAUUGUUUGUAAAUGUAAAACAGAAGAAAACAAGGUGCCUUAUUUCAAUGCCCCAGUGUACUUGGAUAAUAAGGAACAGAUUGGCAAAGUGGAUGAAAUCUUCGGACAGCUGAGAGAUUUUUACUUUUCAGUGAAACUGUCUGAGAACAUGAAAGCCUCUUCAUUUAAAAAAAUGCAAAAGUUUUACAUUGAUCCAGCAAAGCUGCUACCCCUUCAGAGGUUUUUGCCAAGGCCCCCUGGAGAAAAAGGUGCUCCCAGAGGAGGUGGUAGAGGAGGACGUGGUGGUGGACGUGGAGGAGGAAGAGGCGGUGGUAGAGGAGGAUUUGGAGGAGGAAGAGGAGGGUUCAGAGGAGGAAGAGGUGGAGGAGGAGGAGGAUUCAGAGGAGGAAGAGGUGGUGGAGGAGGCUUUCGGGGAAAAGGAUUUUAAAAAUGGAGCCAUGACCAUCUCCCCGUUGUCUUACCAUAUCAUCUGCAGAAGUGAAGAACAAGGAGAAAUUUUUGUAAAGGACCCUGAAGAAGUUCUUUUUGUAAAGAACUUGAAACUGUAAAACGAUAACUUUUUUUAUACUUACUGACUGUUGAUGAACACAUGAGGAGAGCUAGCCCUAGGCGAAGAACUGAAGACUGUUCAGAAAAUACUUGAACUUCUGUUACUAAGCCAGGAUUCAAUGUUAUUCUUAAACUGUUUGUUUCUGACAAGUGACGUAGUGAAAGCUUGACUUCAUGUUGGAGCUUGGAGCAAAAAAUCAGUUGAAAUGUUUUUUCAGAAAAACCCUACGGGUUCACUACAUGCACAUUCGUCAGUGUGAACCUGUUACCUACGUGUGACUGAUCCCUAGCUCUCAUCCUCUUUUUAUAUUGAAUCCUCUGGGUGGCUGCAAAGUGGACAUGCUGUUUAAACAACCUUCAUGAAGCUUUUUAUACAAACUAAACUUCAAAAUUCUGUGUUCAUAGAAUUUUUUUAUACAUAAUAAUGUAUAAAAGGAAAGGAGGAUAGCAAAGUAUGUUCUGUGGAUUUUUCCAUAUAAAUCUCAAUGAAGGCCAAAGGCAUUAAGACAUGUUCUUCUUAGAAGCUAUCUAAUGGCUAAGACAAGGUUAAUACUAUUCUUAUGUCACCUAAUUGUAUCUAAUUAUACUGAUACUAAAAUUGCUAAGGAUUUUUAGCUGUCCCCACCUCCCCCUUAGUCUGCUUCUCUUGAGGUUUUAAUGUCCUGGCAGUGCACCUCUGUGGUGCUCUGGGCUUGUGUAGGGCUUAAGAUUAGAUAGCCCAUCAUAGGGCUCCUCUGCACAUGGUGCUUUCGGUUAAGUAUUGCUUAAAAAAGACAUGAAAAAAUCUGCACAAGUCUUUGGUCUCUUUAAUUGGAUCCAUUAUCAGGAGUGUUGAAAAGCUAGUAACUGUCUCUUCCUAAGGGUGGAGGAGAACAGGAUAUCUCUCUGCUCUUUAACUUUGGAAAUAAAAUAAGAAUAGAGAAGUAGAAUCUCCCUGGAUUUCAUCCCAGAGCCAGGAGUCCAUUCACAGACUCUCAUACCAAGCACUUUUGAAAAGGGAUCUGUAGAAUAAUCUACGUGAAGGUAUUUUAAACAUCUCGUUCAAUGUGGAAAGAAGUACAUUUCAGAAUUGUUUGUAUUGUUGUAUGUUUUCAUUAAUGAAUGCAGUAACAGGCAAAUGAGUUAUGUUAGCCUUCUGCUUAACAAAAAGAAACAGGUAGAUUGUCAGCACCAGGACUGGACAGUUACUGGUCGUUUUAACGAAUGUGACUUAGUUUGAAUAGUCUCUGGAACAAAACUUGAAACAAGUUAGCAAAACAAAUGUGCAGGAAUUCAGUUAAGUCUGAACAGGUGCUGCAUAGGGUAAUCUCUACCCUAUGCAUAUAGAAGUACAUCCCUCUAUACAAAAAGGAUGUGGACAGGCUGGAAGGGGUCCAGAGAAGGGCCACCAAGAUGAUCAAAGGACUGGGAAGCUGCCAUACAAGGAUAGGCUGGGAGAGCUGGGUUUGUUCAGCCUUGAGAAAAGGAGGCUCAGAGGGGAUCUCAUCACCGUGUACCAGUACUUAAGGGGUAGCUACAAAGAAGAUGGAGACUCCCUUUUCACAAGGAGUCACACGGAGGGGACAAAGGGGAAUGGACACAAGUUGCUCUUGGGAAGAUGCUGAUUCGAAUCGAGAGGGAAGUUUUUCACAGUGAGGACAGUCACCCAUUGGAAUAAUCUCCCCAGGGAAGUGGUUGACUCAGCCACGUUGGACACCUUCAAGAGUUGCCUGGACAAGGUGCGGGGCCAUCUUGGCUAGGCUGCGCUCUUCCUAGAAAGGUUGGACUAGAUGAUCUCUGAGGUCCCUUCCAACCUGGGAUUCUGGGAUUCUGUGUGAUUCUGUAAUAGGUAAAAACAUUUUUCACCUUAAAAAAAAAAAAACACAAAAAGUUGGAAUUUCUGCUAGAGCUGCCUUUGUGAGAAGCAGCUGAGUCUACUGUUCAACUGCAGCACAAUCAGGAGUUGAGGAAUACUGAUUAUUUUCCUGGUAUCCAGACCUCUGAAAAUGUUUAGACUUGUGUUGCUGUGUAUUGCUAGGCCUAAAUGACUUAGGGCUCUGACUUGAGGCAUCGUAGAAUUGCCCUUUAGACAAAAUCCUAUGCCAGUCGUUGCAUCUCUGGCAUACCGCAUUGCAGUUGAACAAUGCCAACCUGCAGUGAAGCUGGACUUGUCAUCACUUUUGUCAUAUUUGUAAUUGUAUCAUCUGCCGUGCUGUAUUUCCUUAGUGGUGCUUCAGUAGCUAGUUGUGGGUAGCUGACUUAGAUCUUUCCUUAUUUUUCUGGCUUUGGAAGACUAAUAUAACACAGUCCUCAGUCUUACACCCAACAUCAUACUCUGCUUCGCUAUUCUCACUGCAUGCUUCAGGAACAUACUUUUUGCCAGGAUAUCGGAAGAAGAGUGUACUGCCACCACCUUUAAAUUUUGUGACAUGACGGCUGAUCUUUCAAUUGUGUGAAGUACUGUCUUGCAGCCUUGGACAAGAAGCGUAUGCUUUGAAUCCCACAGCAGAUGGAGCAGUGAGUCAGCCUGAAGCCAUUGCAAGGCCAAAGCAAAGACUUCUACAUCUGUGUGUGGAGGGGUUAAAGAACAAUAUCCACUGCAGCUCUAGAGGGGAGUUCAGCCUCUUGAUUAUAGGGAACGGGAUUGCUGUCCCAGCUAAGGAGUGCAUGAGGAGCAUUAUGGCAUGCCCUAUGCCUACAAACAAUGUUAGAUAGGAUUAACACAAAUAUCCAGAGGAAAUUUAGAUCUUUGUGGAGGUUGUAGGACAUUCAGAUGCUGAUGGAAGAACAACCUUAGUGAUUGGAUGUGAAAUGAGCUACUAUAUGAGGAAGCAGCGUCUGGACAUGUCUGCCACGUGGUGAUGCCUUUGUUUUGUUUUUCCUUCCCCAUUCUGGGGGUAAGUGUGUUUGGUUGUGGCAGGGCCCACCCAGUCUCUGUUCUGCGUUGUCUCCUCUGUGCCAUGGCGUGACCCUGCCCUCCUAAUGCAAGUAGUUGCAAACUGUAAUAGGUAAAAAAUCAGUGUCUUAAAUUAAGACAAAAUGUCUUGUUCUGCAGUGUAAUGCUGCAGUAGUCAAAUCCUGUCUGUGAUUCUGUCACUGCUCCUGAUCCUAGUAAGUGAAGUGUUCAAGUUGUAUAGAUGUGCUUACAGAUAUCCUAGGAUUUUUAUGCAGAGAACAGGAAAGGUGGGCUCACCAGCACCCUGACAGAAGUAGGUAUGGUGACAGAAACAGAAGGUUCAAGUAGCUGUAGUGUCUGGGGGAGAAAGAGUCACACUGCAGUCUGAAGCAAGAGGGGUGGGGGGAAUAUGUUAGUGUCAGUGCGGGCUCUCAGUGACGGUUUGGUGUUCCCUGGAUUUUCCCUCACUGGCAGCCUUUGGGGCAAACAGCUGGGCCACCUAAAGAGCUUCCCAUGUGCCUCCCGUGCCAGCAGCACAAAGCGGGUUGCUGUCCUGCAAUAUUCCUCCAAAGCUCUGGAAGAAGGUUGGCUUCAGUGCACCCCAGAGCACUUGGCUUCCCGUCCAGGACACAGCCAUAGUGGUGUCACCUGCCUGUUGCCUUGUCUACUUGUCCAUGUCUGCACAUGCUCGCUGUCAGCAGGGGCAGAGCGUUCAACGACCAAGUCCCGUUUUCAAAAUGUGGUCGCAAGUGCAUGUGUUAGCCACUGCGGUAUUUGACCCAGACACAGGGUCCGACUUUCAGCUGAUUCUGAAAAUGACAGCUGGUAAAUCAGUAAGAUCAGGUUGCUUAAAGGUGUUUAAAGACCUUGACCCUUUUGUCUUUGCCACGCUAAAAUUCUGGUUUUAUGUUUUUUCUGUGUGGGAUCUAAAUCCUUGCUAAACAGGGUAAUACAUGGACGUGUAUUGUAAAGCUGAAAUUGUUAUCAGUUGAGAAUGGCUUUAGUGCUCCUGCAUUCCUUCUUGGAGGGAUGUUUUUUCUCCUUGUGUUCUCUAUAGUUGCUGGGAUAGGAUGGUUCAAUAUAGCUCAUAGAUUUGCUGUGUAACUUUGACAGAGAAAUUUGAUGAAGUGCAAAAAAUAAUUGGGAUAUUUUAACGUAUGUCUGCAGCACAGGCUGUUGUAGAACAGAAAGGGUUCUCUCUAGCACUGACAUGAAAUUAUGAACGGUUGCCUGAAGCAGUGCUGGUUAGUCACAUGCAUAGUGGUGCAAAGUUAUCUGCAGUUGUGCGAAGCAUUGUCUUCUUUAAAAAAGCAUAGCUGCUGCAUGAAGUUUGGCAAGUAGGAAGCUUUGUGGAGUCAUGCUUUUCAGGGUGUUUUCUUCAGUCAGCUGAAAACCUCUUCAGUUUAGAGUCAAACUUUUCUAAUCAACAGUUUAAAUCUAAUAAGAGUCUCUGUGAGGGAGGAAAAAAAAGUAAUUGAUUUGUUUUCCAUUGGGUUCCAACCAUUUGCAUCUGUUUGUGAAAAUAAGACUAAAGGGAAGUUCUGCCUUAUAGAGCCCUCUAGUGGUGACGUGGGUAAUAAACGUGGGAGGGUUUGGUUUGGGUUUGUUUUUUUUAGCGUGGUCACCACUGAAAGUAGGAGAAAGGUUUUGUUUUGGUUUUAAUUGUUAAAUUUUUUAAAAUGCAAACGGUAAGUUUCGCUACUCUCAUCACUUGUAGAUUGAAAUAUACUUUACACAUAACUGAAAGAAACUUGCUAAACCCUGUAGUGAGUUUUGCAUUGCCCCAUAUCUAUACAGAUACCUACAAAUUGAAGAAUGGACUUAAAUAGAAAUUGCUACUGAUCUGGGACAAGUGGGAAGGAAAAGCAUCACUUGAGGUUAUAAAGUGCCCCUCUGACACUAGUAAUAUGUAAUACUAUCUGUUAUUGGAGGAUAAAAACAGCCAGAGGUUUUGGAUUCUUUUUUUUCUUAUGCCUGUAUUAAAAAGCAGUGUGGUAAGCCAUAUUUUAUCUGGCUUAGGAACUGUGGUUCCAACUUUCUGGAUUAUAUGUAUACUUCAAUAUUAAAUGUUUUAUGAACUC